UCCCGCCUGUGAUAACAUGGUCAUCGAACGAUUGACAACGGUUGCCGUUUUGAAAGUUGAUGAACCUGUACGCUACCAAACCAUUUCUACUGGGCCCCAAAAUUUGGGUUGAAAUCGACAUAGAAGAAACAAGCAAUACGUUGCAACUGCGGAAUAAUCAAGAGUAAUUAAUAAUAAUGUCACGAAGAACAGUAUCCAAGCAAGAUUUUUCAAAUGAGAUGGAUCGUGUUUUGUUUAUUCUUAACCGAAAAAUAUUUAAAGUGAAGCGGUACAAAGAGGUUAAUGCCAAAUUUAAGACAUUGGUUACCGAUGAACAGCGUGUUAUAUUUAUGUUUGAUCUUCUCAAAGAAUUUGGCAUUCAACCACAGUCGACAUGUGGCAUAAAAGCUUCAGCAAGAUCCGAAUACAUCAGGAAAGUAGGUAACAAAGCAUUUACUACAGGUCCUGCCAAUGGUUCACAAUAUGUCGUUGCAUGGAAAACAUACUCUGAAAGCAUCGCUUAUUCUCCCCCUAGAUCUAAAGAGCUCGCUCUGGCCUAUGCAAACAGAUCUGCAGUUCUGUUUCGAUUCAAGAAAUAUAAGGAAAGUCUGGGAGAUAUCGAUAGAGCUCUGGAUCUUGAUUAUCCUGAUCAUUUAAAACCGAAGCUGUUAUUGCGUAAAGGAGUGUGCCUUAGGGCUCUCGGAGAGCAAGAUUAUGAGAAACUGUUUGAGGAAGCUUAUCAACUGAUGAAUAGAAUGUCUAUCCCUGAAAAUAUGGGCGAGAUGAACAGACUCGAUGAGGUACGAAGGCAAGUGGAAGAAAAAGAAUACCCUGUUCCAACGAUUACUUCAUGUAAUCCUGAAGUUCCUUUUGCCUCCGAUGCAGUAGCGAUUAAGUAUGAUAACAUUUUUGGGAGGCAUCUUGUAGCUACUCGAGACAUAAAAGCUGGGGAAACACUUAUAGUUGAAAAACCGUAUGAGUUGUUCUUGGCAUCGGAACACAUGUAUUCACAUUGCGUCAAAUGUUUAAAUAUUGCUUGGAGCAGCAUUCCGUGUGACUAUUGUUCUUAUGCACUGUUUUGUUCUGAGAAGUGCAAGGAGGACGCCUGGAAACAGUUCCACGACAUCGAAUGUCCCAUAAUUGGUCUUUUGCAAAAUUUAGGGAUGGAUACUAACUUACUAAGUAUGAGGCUUAUUAUAACUCUUCUGAGAAAAAUGGGAAGCUUUCAGAAAUUGCGAAAAGAAUUGGAGAUUGUUGAUAACUGGAAAGAUCCUCGAACAAAAGGGUUCUCAGAUGGAAAGUUUGACAACGAAAGUUAUCGUUCUGUAUAUAGUUUAAUGACUAAUACUGAUAAGAGGUCUGUGCCAGAUCUCUUCAAGAAGACAUUAAAUACAGCCUACAUUCUCUUUUUUUUGGCAACGAGGACUACAAUGUUUGGAAACAAGUUGGAAGCAAACUUUUCUGCCCUUGGGAAGAAUCCGGAGCUCACCUUUGUUGGCGGAUUGAUAUUGCGUCACCAGCAAAUGAUGUCUACCAAUUUCUUUAAAUUUGGAGAAGAUCGAAAGGUUGAAUAUAUUCUCCGUGGCGUAGCGAUCAUGCCAUUUUUAAGCCUUAUUAAUCAUAGUUGUGAUCCCAAUACCGUUCGACAGUCCAAAAAGGCGCAUAUGGUUGUGUAUGCUCUUUUUCCAAUUAAAGAAGGUGGACAGUUGUUCAGUAACUACGUUCCUUUCUAUGGUCUAUUGGAAAGGGAUACUAGACAAAAGGAACUCAAGGAGCAGUUUUUCAUCGAUUGCCAUUGUCGACCAUGUGAAGAGAAUUGGCCUAUGUACCAUGAAUUGAAACCAUAUAGAAGCCUUGUCACGUCACCACACCAGAUAGAGAACAUUAGGGAAACUCUAAAAAAUUUCAUGCGAUACCUAAAUCUGAUAACGGCGGGGGAUCUUGAGUCAGAACCGGACAUGCUAAAGAACAUGUACAAAAUGAUCGAAGUCUUAUGUGAAAGUGUACCUGGGCCUUGUGCAGAGAUCUUCCAUAUCAGUGGGACAAUUAAACGAGUGAUAAUUUUAGAAGGAAACGUCUUUCACGUACCAGAAAUCUAAAACUCUGCCACUCAGUGUAUUCGCAUAAGGAUUUACAAAUUCUGCUGGAACUACUUUUAAAAAUUCUGAGUCUGAAAAGUUUUUUAAGUACACAAAUCGUACCAUUCAACAUAAAACAGUAUUUUAAUAUUUACUAUUCAGAUUGCUAUUAUUUUUAUAAUCCAGUGUGCAAACUAUUUAAUAAGGUUGAAUAAUGUACAAGAUGAUGCUUUUUGUUUGUCAAAGAGAAUAAUGUUUUAUUUUUGUUAUCUUAAUGUAUUUUAAAGUGAUGUUAAUUCCUAUUUUAUGAUGUCAUUUUAAUUCUUCCGUUUAUAUUCUCUGCUUUAUUAUAUUUAUUUUCUCAUAAAUAACUAAGGUGUGGAAAAACAUCGGUAAAUACAAUCUUGUUAUCCUUUUCAGUUAUAAAACGAAUUCAAAUCGUUUUCUCUUUUUAAAAAAUAUAAAGCGACUAUUCUUGCUAAGUACAAUAGCACUUUCAUCCCUUUACAAACUUAAGACAGAUAUGUUGCCAAAUGUUAUAGUAGUAACUUUUGUAUUCCCGCAAAAGAGUAUGUCUAGAAAAAUCUAGAUAAUUUUAUAUUUCAUCUAACUCAAUAAUAAAAAAUGAAAAAUAAAUCUAACAGAAUAAAGAACAAAUUAGAGACUCAAUAUGAAAGCAACAUUUUAUUUGGCGAGCAUUAUGGUAUGCUCAUACUACUUUUCGUCAGUAUUUUAGUGUUCGCCAAAUAAAAUGUUGCUUUUAAAUUGUGUUUCUAAUUUUUUCUUUAUUUGAUUACAUUUAGUUUUAAGAUGUACGUGCAUUAUACGGGACACAAUUUACUGUAACAUUUGAUAACUUAUUUGAUUUAAGUUUGUAAAAG